UCGGAUGGACGUAACGACAUAAAAGUCAACCACCUAGCAUCACUGACAAAACAAACUGGCGAAGGAUGAAUUAGCGCCAACUUAUGCUGUUGUAGUGCUUCCAUGGACGACCGCUCAUCAUAGGCCUGUUUUUUUUUCGCUUUAAGAUUGCAAAGAUAACCUGCUGUUGCAGCCGCAUGUGACCAAUUCCAAGCUCGACAUUUCCAGUAUUGAACAAGUCCCUUGGCUAGGACUGGCCAUUUUGCUCUCGCUGUGCUGCCCCUCCACAACAACAAAUAUCCGCCAUGUUGUCAGAGGAGAUCAACGGUCUGCUGGCUCGCAUGAACAGCACCAAUCUUGAUGGCGACGAUAAACCGGAUGUUGCACAGGAUGUCAAAACCGAGCGGACUCGCAGUCUGGAAAAGGUGCUCGAGUCCUUGAAGCAGCUAUGGGAUUCCAGAUCUACAGAGCUUGAUGAUCUGCUUCAGAAGUUGGGGACGGGUAGCCGUGACGCUUCCUGGCGGAUCCCCAUCGGAGACUCGGGGAUCCUGGACUAUGCCCUUGAGCUGCUCCCCCACGUCGACUUCCGCAUCUCUUCCAAGAUCCAAGCCCUGCGCCUGAUCGGGAACUCGUGCGCCGACACUGAGGAGAACAGAGCACGUGUGGUGCAAGGGACCCAUAUCCCCAUCAUCGCGGGUCUCCUGGGUGUAGAGUAUGGUGACAGUCUGUUGCCAUACGUGAUAACCUCGCUCCAUAAUAUUUGUGUCGACUAUGAGCCUGCCCAGACGCAAGCAGCCGAAGCUGGGCUCGCACAGUCCCUGGCAGACUUUCUAGACACUCCGAGGCUCGUAAAAGCGCCUCAUCUUGCCGGCAUAACCAGCAAGACCAUUCAUCUUGUUGCGUCGACAGACAGGGAGAAGGACCACGCCAACGUGUCAAUCCCCAUCACUCUGCUAAGGCUGGCCUCCAACCCAUCCUGGCCAACGCCCUCGGAUCCUCUGGAAGCAGACGAUUUCUGCAACCUCGUAUCGGCCGCCUCAGCCUAUCUCACCAAUGACAGGCUCCUCGCGGCAGCAGCCGCCGCUCCCGAACAUGCGGCCAUUGUCCUCAACACCCUCCAGGCCGCCUGCACGCGCUUCUCGUGCGCCGAGCUCGAGGACAUGGACGACGCCGACCAGCUCGGGCGGCUGCGCAAGUCGCUCGUCGGCACGGUGGCGGACCUGACGGCGCGUGACGAGUUUGUCUCGCAGCACUCGGGGACGGCGGCGGCGGCGGCGGCGGCAGCCACCCGCGAGCUCCUCGACACCUGGCUGCGGCGCCACCCGCGCUCGCACCUGCAGGAGGCCGCCUGCCUGGCGCUGGGCAACCUGGCUUGCUCUGACGACGCGGCCGGGCUGCUCGUCUGGGAGGGCCGCGCCCACGAGCCCCUGGCCGCCCUGCUCGCCGGCCCCUACCCCUACGAGCCCGCGCCCGACAACACGGUGCCCAGCGCGCUGCUGCACGCCGCCGUCGGCCUGCUCAAGAACCUGGCCAUCGCCCCGGCCAACAAGCCCGUCCUGGGCGCCGCGCUGCUCCAGAACCACCCCGGGGGCGACGACGACGACGACGCCGCCGCUGCUGUCGCCGCCCUGCCCCGCCUCUGGGGCCUGGUCGACACGCAGCCGCAGACCCAGCUGGCCACCGUCUCGCUCUGCCGCCUCCUCCUGGCCGGCACGCCGGCCAACGGCGCCCUGCUGUGCGCCCCUCUGCAGCAGCAGCAGCAGCAGCAGCGAGCCGACGCCGACGCCGACGCCGACGCCGACGGCAAAACCAGCAGCACAGAGGUCAGAACAAACGUCCACGCCCUGCUCGACCUCUUCCGCCGCGCGGACCCGGAGCCCACAAAGACCGAGUGCGCCCGCGCCGCCAUGGCCCUCUGCCGCCUGCUGCACCAGGCCGACGCCGACGAGAUGCUCGCCUCCGCAGCAUGGGAGGAGGCACCGCCGCGGCCGUCGUCCCGCCGCGCCGCCUUCUACGCCGUCCAUGCCGCCGCCCUCGGCGAGCUGCUCUCCUUCCUGCUCACGCAGGCGCGCUUCCCCGCCCUGCGCAGCGAGACCUGGUUCGUCCUUGCCCUCAUGAGCCGGUCGCCCGACGGCGCCGGCGUCGUGGCCGGCGUCCUGACGCGGUCUGACGCCGCCCUCGCCGCCGUGGUCGCCGCCGCCGGGGCUGGGGUCGGGGUGGAGGCCGUCGAGGCCGUUGAGGAGACGAACGGGCGUGGCGAGGGAGCGGCGGCGACGGAGCUGGGAAUCGACCGUCUUGAGCUGGAGCCGAGGCAGGCGGACCCGAAGCAGGCGGCCAACAUGGCCAAGGUCGACAGGGAGAAUGUCCUAGUUCUCCUGACCGAGUUGCUUCGGAACAAGAUCGACGGCUUGAGCGAGGACCACCGGCGCAAGCUCGAGGAUGCUCUGCGGACGGGCGGAGGAAUAGUCAUAGGUGAGAGGGCAAAGGCAAGUGGCGCUGGAGGAUCCUCGGACUAAUGUUGGCCGAUGCCAUUCAGACCGUAUUGUCAACAGAGCCCGAGCAUAAUUCAUCCAUUUUGUUGUCCAUUCGUAUUCAUUAUCGGAAUACAUCUAGCAAGCCCGCGAUGCAGUUGUAGUUUCUGAACCAUGCCCUGAGAGAGAUACCGCAAAACGGCCGUAGGAAACCAACCGCACCGCCCCUUUCUUCCAGGAGCAGACGCAGCAGUGAAAGCAGAAACCAACCGAAC